AAGAAGCAGCUUCAAGGUUCCAACCACAGGGAGUAUACUCAUCUGCAAUGGCAACCCACCUGAGCUGGUUUCUGCUUGGCCUCCUCGUCCUGGCUGCGGCCAACGCCGAGUAUCUCGUCUCCGACAAGUUCAACCGCUCCAGCUUUCCCGAAGGGUUUCUGUUCGGAGCAUCAUCGUCUGCUUAUCAAUACGAGGGCUCACCAGGCACGCGAGGAGACACCAUAUGGGAAGCUUUUGUUCGCGACUCUCCAUAUAAAAUAGCGGAUCGUAGCAAUGCGAAUGUGACUGACGACUUCCUUAAACACUACAAGGAGGAUGUGAAACUAAUGAAAGACAUUGGGAUGAAUGUUUUCAGAUUUUCCAUUUCUUGGGCGAGAGUAUUACCCAGUGGUAGGGUAAGUGGAGGAGUGAACAAGACAGGAGUUGACUUCUAUAAGAGUCUCAUCGAUGAGCUUCUUGCAAAUGGUAUUCAACCUUUUGUCACACUUUUUCAUUUUGACCUUCCUCAAGCCUUAGAAGAAGAAUAUGAAGGCUUUUUGAACCACAACAUUACGGAUGACUUCAAGGACUAUGCAGAAUUUUGUUUCAAGGAAUUUGGGGGUAAGGUCAAGCAUUGGAUAACCUUUAACGAGCCAUAUGUUUACAUUUUGAUGGGUUAUGACUUGGGUGCCAUGGCACCGGGACGAUGUUCUGCAUGGAGAAUUAACAAUUGCCCAGAUGGGAAUUCUUCAACAGAACCUUACAUAGUUGGUCAUAAUAUGCUUAUUGCUCAUGCAAAAGCAGCCAAAGUGUACAUGGAGAAAUACCAAGAGUCCCAAAAAGGAGAAAUAGGAAUAACUUUGAAUGCCGGUUGGAUGUAUCCUUACUCUAAAAAGUUGGUAGACGAAAAAGCAGCCAAUCGUGCACUUGACUUUAUGUAUGGAUGGUUUAUUCAUCCAUUGGUUUACGGCGACUAUCCGCGAAUCAUGAAAGAUCUUGUGCGACAUAGGUUACCAAAAUUCAAUGAUUCAGAAGCUAUGCUGUUGAUAGGGUCUUACGACUUCAUUGCCCUAAACUAUUAUAGCUCAAACUAUGCGGUUCAUGUGCCCCGUCAUGAUAAACCUGCCCAUCUCAGCUUUUCAACUGAUGAUUUGGCUAUUUUGACAAGUGAGAAAGAUGGAAAGCCUAUUGGUAAACCGCUUGGAAAUACGUAUAAUGUACCAGAAGGACUUAAAAAAAUAUUGAAUUAUACUAAAAACCAUUACAAGAGUCCGAGAAUGUACAUUACAGAAAAUGGAUUAGGUGAUAGUAACGAAAUAAUUGAAGAAGAGACCAAGAAUACAGAAAAGACCUGUAUCAAGGAUCCAGAAAGGAUAGAGUACUACCAUGCCCAUCUUUUGGCUCUCAAGGAGGCUAUUGAUGAUGGUGUUGAUGUGAAGGGUUUCAUGGCUUGGUCUCUUCUUGACAAUUGGGAAUGGAGUUCUGGUUUCACUCUCAGAUAUGGUCUCAUUUAUGUAGAUUAUCAAAAUGGAGUUAAAAGAUGCCUGAAAAAGUCUGCAGCUUGGUACAAGAAAUUCCUACUUCAUUAAUAAGUUGAAUGAUUAAAAGACCUGAAGUGAUUUCAUUUGGUGUUGGUUAGUUUUGUCAUGUUAUCAAUAAGUUGAAGAUCAGUGUGUUCUUAUAAAUCUUCACUCUAAUAUUGAGUUGUAUUAAUAAAUUUUUAUAAUGUAAUUGUGUGAGCAAUUCUCUUCUCAUGUAUUAUGUUUGUGUUGUCCUUGAAGGUUAAGCAAUAAUAAUUUUGGCCUUGAUCUAUAA